AGGGUCCACACAACAUGAACACCGUCAAGAUUUUGGCUCUUCCUCUCCUCGUCGCCGUGAUGCAGAGUCCUGCCUGCCUGUCGGUGACUGUGAGCAGCAGUAAGCCCAAAGUGGAGGUCCACGAGCACACAGAUGCUGUUCUGGCCUGUGAGUUCAAGACAGAGAAGGAUCAGAACCCGCGUAUCGAGUGGAAGAAGAAAGGAAAGGGGGUGACAUUUGUUUACUUUGAUCGCAAAUUUAGCGGAUCGUAUGCAGGACGGGCCAAGAUAGAGGGGGCGACGCUGACGAUACACUCGGUCACCCAGAAAGACUCUGGGGAGUAUCGCUGCGAGGUCACGGCCAGCGAGGAUCACGUCAACCUGGGAGAGACAAGUGUAUCGCUCAAUGUACUUGUGCCUCCUCAUGUCCCGUCCUGUGAGGUGCCCAGCUCUGCGUUCGCAGGCUCGGACUUGGAGCUUCUCUGUAAGGACAAGCUCAGCGUGCCUCCUGCCACCUACCGCUGGUACAAAGACAACAAGGCCCUGAUUUCCUCGACAGACACUUCCUACAGCAUGGACACACACAAGGGCACGCUGAAGUUAAAGAGUGUGUCCAAGGCAGACUCAGGGAUGUACCGCUGUGAGUCCUCUAACAGUGUGGGGGCGCCCAAGAGCUGUGUGGCCCAACAAUUGAAAGUCAUUGAAUAUCAGCUGAGUCUGAAGACUCUGAUAGCAGGUGGUGUCGGUCUGUUCCUGCUCAUCUUCAUGUGCUGCCUUGGACUGUGUCUCUGCCGACGUCGAGGCUGCUGCAAGAAUGAAAAGAAAGCAAAAAGCACCAAGGCCUACAGCCCUUCUCCACCUCCUCCUCCUCCCACUCGUAAUCUAAAGAACUACAAACAAACUCAGUCCUUCAUGAUAUGAGUGCAGACCACUCCCCACAAGCCCAAGAAGCAUCCACGCAGCGAAAUGUCCACUUUAAAAGCACUGGAACGCCGCUUAGUCAACUUUGUGUUUGGACGAAUUCCCUUCAUGUCUUGGACGAACACGAAGAAGGACUGAAAUUCAGAUUCUAGAGAAAGAAAAAAUUGCAAAAACUUCCCAACACGAGACUCUACAGGCCAGUUUCCGAAACACUGAAACAAAACGCGUUUUGCUUCACAAAGAGGCCUCCUCUCUCCACCUGUACUUCACAUUUACAUUCAGAGCUCGACUUCUGAUUUAUUGCUCGGAAUGUUUUAUGGACCACUCAUCCUCCAGGUGCUAUAAAAUAAACAUUAUUCCCUUUUUUUUUUUUUUUUUUUUUUUAGCUUAGUCGAGUGUAUUCAGUCAUUCUUCCAGUCUUGUAUGUUGAAUUUUUCAGCUCAUCCCAGCCUACAGGAGCAAAAAUCAGGGUGGACGUCUGUUGCACCACCUUCUGUCCAAUCCCCAUCACAGGUCUACAUCGAUUAGAGCCUAACCCUGCAUAGAUUAGGUCAAACGCCUUUAUGUUCCUUGUGUCCUUUUAUUCAUACUUAGAAGGAGAUGCGUGAAUUAUUAUGUUAUCUUAUAUUUUUUAUUGUUGUUUUCAUCUAUUCAUUAUUCUGUUUCAGUAUUGCUAUCAUGUAGUCAUUGUUAUCUGUUUAAUCUUUGCUUGUAGAAACGUGUGUGUGCAAAUGAUGUGAACUGAGUGAUGAGUGAACAGGUGUCUCUACACACUGAAUGUUACUUCAGAGGCUUUGUGAAUGGCUGAUUAUUAUGUUUAUCGAUCACUCUAUCUAUCGCUUGACCAGUCAGUGAAAUUGGCUGUGAUCUACUUUGUGUUUUUUGUUUUCUUACAUAAACAGGCCACUAGAUGGCACCGUAUCACUGGCUCUAUCUCACGAUACCGUCUGGGCACAACACCACAGCUAAAUGAUGCCAGCCUCUAUCCAUUAUUUGUCUAUGAACAGUGGCACUAUUGUUCUUUUCCUUUUGUUCUGGCUGUUCCUCUCAUUCUGGUGCCCAUAAAUCAAAGGUCUUGACAUGCA